CACAUCACAUGUGAUAUGUGUACAGUUUAAGUUUCUUAAGUCAUCAUAACUCACCCUUGUUUUUGAAUAUAUAUGUUGAAUUGAAAUUUGUAAUCUAUAAUUAAAAAGGUUGCUAUAUGAUAUAUAAACAUGCAUUACCAUAGUGUACAUUUUACAAGAAAAGAAAACAAAUUUAAAUACUUUAUAUCAGAAGAGAAUCCUAGUCCAAAUCCAAUAUGGUUGCACAGUUACCUGCUUUUGGAUAGAUACACACAUACACAUGAUAUAUAUAUACCAGACCUCCUCUUGUGCCUCCUCUGCUUCCAUCAAAACUCUCAUUUCUCAUUUCUCAUUUCUCAUUUCUCAUUUGUUUUUUUUCUGUUGAGUUUGAUUUCUAGAAACUAAAAGUUAUGAUUGAUCCUCAAUCACCAAUCUCACCUCACCUAUACCCACAAGCAAUUCAACUCAAACUUUACCAAGCCUUCAUCUUCUCCAUUCCCAUCUUAUUCUCCAUCAUUCUCUUCCUCUUGUUCUAUCUUUUUUACCUUAAGAGAAGAGCCUCUUCUCUCUCCUCACCUUCUCCAAUGACUCUUCCUGUUUCCUCGAGCCACCAGGCUUCUCCUCAUCUCCCCUCGGUUUGUUUGUUAGAUGUGAAAGUAGAGCUGAAAGAAAAGCUUCAUGUCGUUUUGUUCAAUGAGGAAUUAGGAACAAGAGAUUCUCUAUGUUGCGUAUGUUUGGGAGAAUUUGAGUUGAAGGAAGAGUUGGUUGAAAUGCCUUCAUGCAAACACAUAUUUCAUCUCGAUUGUAUUCACCUUUGGCUUUAUUCUCACACCACUUGCCCUCUCUGUCGCUCCUCUGUCUUAAUCUCUUCGACCAAAACCUCUGUCGACGACGACAACAACCAACCAGAUUCUCUUGAAACGUCACCGGUUUGACUCAUUAACCCCGAAGAAAUAAGCAGUUACAAGUUUUGUUAGUCAAUAGAUCAAAUACAAAAAUGUAAAUCUUAAUUUUGCUUGUUCAAGAGAUGAACAUGUAUACCAUCACAUUACAUAUUGGUUACAUACAUAGAAAAGGUUUAAAGUUUUUAAGAGUCAACUCUGUGAAGCCAAAGAUGAAUAAGUAGACUCCUCUAAUCAACCACAUCAUUUAAUCAUUCCACCAGCAGCCACGACAAGUUCAUCCUUCUAAUGCGAGGUCUAAUAGAUAUUUGCACAUAUGCACCGAGGAACAAAAAGAUGUAAAAGCUAAUUGGUCUGAUUUUUUUUAUCUUCCAAAAUGUAUGUUCUAUGACAAGUGAAAGAUGGGAAUUUCAUCACAUUAUUA